GCCCCUCCUCCGAUCGUUCUACGUGCUUUCGCGUAGCUCCGCCUUUUCUAAGUCUGCCGCCUCGCAAGAUGGCUGAGAGGCUGCUGGGCUCCGAGCCGUGGAACCGCGUGAGGAUUCCUAAGGCGGGGAGCCUCAGCGCAGUGAUGGUGCAGCACCCAAGCGUGACCCUUCACCUUUGGAUUGCAAAUGUGAUUAAAGAAUGCCAUCUCGUCACAGUAUCGCUGAAGAGCCGAGCCUUAGAUGCAGAAACAGAUGUGUUAUGUGCAGUCCUUUACAGCAAUCACAACAGAAUGGGCCGCCACAAAUCCCAUUUGGCCCUCAAACAGGUUGAGCAAUGUCUAAAACGUUUGAAAAACAUGAAUUUGGCAGGUUCAAUUCAAGAACUGUUUGAGUUGUUUUUUCCCAGUAAAAAUCAGCCUGUAAAUACCAGUGCCAUCCCCGGUCAGCCAGUGAUGGAAGUGGUGCUCAUGAAGGUUUUGGGAGCCUGCAAGUUGUUGCUUCGCUUGUUGGACUGCUGCUGCAAAACAUUUCUCUGGACUGUGAAACAUCUACGUUUGCAAGAGUUCAUUAUUUUAAACCUUGUGAUAGUAGGGCUGGUGAGCAGGUUAUGGGUUCUCUAUAAAGGUGUUUUUAAAAGGUUGAUUUUGUUCUACGAGACUUUGUUUGGAUUGCUUCAAGAGGUGUCUAGGAUUCAACCAAUGCCUUACUUCAAAGAUUUUACCUUUCCUUCUGAUAUCACUGAAUUUUUAGGAGAGCCAUUUUUUGAAGUCUUUGAGAAAGAAAUACCUACAGCUUUUGCAACUAGAGGAAUAAGUAAAUGGCUAAAUAAGCUGUUUUUAAUAAGUGAGCAGUCACCAAAGGCCAUUGAAGAAAUCUUACUUGGAAUUUCCAAAAAUGAUGAACAAAUUAAGAUAAAUACACAGAAUAAUGAGGAUCUUGGACAGCCAGUAAAGAAUAAGAAAGUUUUCAAAGAAAAGUCAUCAGAAUUUGAUGUGAGGGCUUUCUGCAACCAGUUGAAACACAAAGCUACUCAGACCAGCUUUGAUUUUAAACUAAAGACAACCAAGCAUUCUUCUCAGAAAGUGAUAUCAACUUCUCAAGCCAGAAGUUUUGUGCAAAGAUUCCAAGAGGCUGAGUCUUUCACACAACUUUCUGAAGAAAUCCAAAUGGCAGUUGUAUGGUGCAGGAGCAAAAAACUCAAGGCUCAGGCCAUUUUUCUGGGUAACAAACUUCUUAAAAGCAACCGGCUUAAACAUCUGGAAGCUCAAGGUACUAGUUUGCCGAAGAAACUAGACUGCAUAAAAACGUCUAUUUGCAACUGCCUUCUUCGUGGCUCAGGUAUUAAAACUUCAAAGCAUCAUCUGAGACAGAGAAGAUCACAGAAUAAAUUUUUACGGAGACAAAGGAAACCACAAAGAAAGCUGCAGUCGACUCUUUUAAGGGAAAUUCAGUUCUCUCAAGGGACUCAGAAUGUUGCUGCAGAUACUGGUGCUAAGUGGAGACUCGCACACUGUACUGUGUAUAGAACUGAUCUCUACCCUAAGAGUAAGCAAUUCUUGAGUAGUGGAGUUUCAAUGACUGUCAUGCAAACUAAGGGGAAAAUGAUUCAUGAAAAUCUUAGAGGUAUCCAUGAAAAUGAAACUUAUUCGUACACGGUGAUGCAAAGAAAUAAAAACAGUACAUCAGGAACUAUUAAGGAGACAGAUGACAUUGAUGAUAUUUUUGCUUUAAUGGGAGUUUAGAUGUUCGUACAUGAGACUUAAUAAGUGAUUAACAAGGCUAGUUCAGUAUUCUGUUUUAAUUGGAACUGCUGAGACCUGGAAGUACCACCUGGACUCACAGAGGAGCUGCUUUAGAGCAGCAUUGCAGAGGAAUUAAUUCCAUUUCAGUUAGAUUUACAUUUAAAGUAGCACUGUGCCAUUCAUCAACAAGUAUUUCUUUUUGGCUUCAACCACAUGCCAGGUGUUAAGAUGAAAAGUCUGCCACAGCCUGCCUUUGAGAACCAGAUGUAAUUCCUUGAGUGAGGCUAGUAAGUCUCUCUGAGACAGUUUAAUAACCAUUUGCAAAAACCAUUGUGCCUUGAGGUAGAUGAGGGAGGAUGAGGAGUAGCAAGGAAACACCUGAAAGGUCACUUUGGCCUUAUUAGCUGCAUUGUAGAUAGCUCUGCCUCUUAAUACUAAAGUUUGUAGCUCCUGACAAUUGUGCUGUCUUGUUUAUAUAUUGGAAUUGAUCAUCAAGCGUUGCCACUGCUUGUAUUACCAGGGCCUGGUUACAACCAUUAUUUCUGUUCAUUUGUUCAUCUUAUAUUAAAGUUGAGUUUGGAAUUCUCCAAGAAGUUUUAAUUUUCUUUAUUUGGAUGCCAGUGAUUGAUUCCAAAUAAACCUUUUUUACAAAAAGG